AUGCCCCACCUCCUCGCACGUGUCGCUGGCUACAUUGACUACUAUCAAACCAAUCAGCCUGGGUUUGAUGAUGAACCUCGGAUUCAUCCCAUCGAAGGAACCGUCAUGGACGAUCCUAUGCGGGAUGACAAUUCUGAUGACAACGGCUUGUUGGAAUACCAAUCCGACGACGAAUCCGACAAUGAAGACCCUCUCAAGAGCCUUCAGCAUCUCACAGCAUACUGGAAGCCUCGCUGUGGCGACAUUACCGUUCUCCUACCAAUGUACGCACAAGAGAUUACUCGACUGACAGGUACAGACAUCUUUGCCGAAGAAGCAGAAAAGAGAUGUCGUCUGUACCAGGGUGAUUUCAACCUUGCUGGGGAGAAACUCUUGAGAUUGGAACCAUUGCUGGAAACGUUCAAGAAGCAACGAGACAAUGAAUCCCUGACGUCUAGCGGAAAUCUCCUCGUCUGGCCUCCACAAGAAAAGGAUGCGAAGAUGCAGUUUGUUCACAUUACAAGUGAACAUCCUGCAUACUCCCGCGUCAUAGUCAACAAGAUGGAACAGACUCUCUUUAGGAAAGUGAUUGGAGAAAUCCGCCCAUGUACGCGUUCAUUCGACUACGAGCUUCCGGCGAAUCUCUAUCUCGACGGCAUCUCCCCCACCAGCGAAGUACAGGCAUCGCGAGUCUGGGAUGGCUUUUUGUUCCACAGCUUCGGCAAUCCCGGCAACAUGGACCCUAUCAUCUCGUCCAACCCAGCCUCCGCCGACAAUAGCGACAGAGGCACGGUCAAGGAUCCGGAUGAGGAACGCAUAGCUGCUUGGACAACCAAGGUUGUCGGUGGCGCGGACCCUGAGAUUGCUCCUGAAGUUCCGGUUGAGCCUACACAUCCGACACGUCGAAGAGUUGUUCUCGACUCGGAUAGUGAGGACGAUGAGCCCUCAGUUCGCAUGGGCCAGUCACAGCUCAUUGGUAGUCAAGCCAUGAAAGCCCCUCAGCAAUCGGAGAUGCCUCGAAAUGCCACUCCCGAGCCACCGUCAGAUUUGUUGUCUCUGCUGUCAUCGCCUGCCCGGUCCGUGUCGAAUCAAGUCAUGGGAAGCCUCGUGGACAAAGACUCGAUACAGAAAGACUUGCUCGACGACCCGACAGCUUCUCCGAAAGUGGCAAUAUCUCAGAAUGUAGGUCUCGAGUCGCCAUCAGACUUGGUUUCCCUGGUGUCAGAUUCGCCCCAUUCCACGACAAAGCCAGCCACUGGGAGCACGUCGAUCACCACCACUGCAGAAUAUAAUGGCCUUGCCAACCAGGACUUGUUGUCUGGAGACUCGCCGCCUCGUGUAGCAGCUCAUGACAAUACAUCAACCCGCGAUCGUGUGGCUAUUACUUCCCAUUCAUCUAACCUCCCAACAUCUAUUGUGGAAGACCAACUUCUGGAGUUAUCGUCAACUGAGCCGCUUCCUGGACAGACUUUGACUGCCACAGACAUGCCAGCGUCUCUGUCUCUAGCUGCAGGCACGGCUGAACCCAAGGCGGAGCACGCUGUGCAGUCUGCUGCACCAACUCCCCCCUUGUCAACUCCAGCUACACCUCCACAAGCCGAUGCAGCAGCAUCUUCUUCGCCGCGACCAACUUUUGAUCCAAAAGCAUACGGUGGACCUUCACCCAAGCUCCGACGUGGUCAAAAUGUACAUCUCGGUAGCCGUGAGGGAACCAAUCCUCGGUAUCGGGCGUCGACUCGCGGUGGACGAGGACAAACCAGCGGCGGGUCGUAUUCACAGGCCGUAUCGCGAGGCCAACAUCCGAUUCCACGAGGACCACAGUUGCAGCGAGGUAGCAACAUUCGUCGUCCUCCAAUUGUGGCAGGCUCAGCAUCGAGUGAUGGCGAUCUGGGUGGUCGGGCAGAGUCUCGCCAGUCAGACCUGGUUGAUACCCGUUCGCCGACUACCAAUACCUCCCCCAGAAUCCCACCGGGAUUCGAAUCGCAUGUGCCCUUGGUUCGUGCGCAGCCUUCGCCGGGAAGCCAACCUCAGACAUCCAACUCCGUACCGAACAUCAUGGACGAGCCUAUACAGCCACCUGGCUAUGCUCCCCACCCGCGGGACAGUCGAAGUCGCUCUGGCACUCACGCGUCUGGAGAAUCUCGCAUCCGAUUCAGUAACGAGGGUGCUGACUAUCAAGCCACACACGUUCCCAAGCUGAACCAAGCUGUGUUGAGAGAGAGAAGCCUACAAGCCGCCAUGGCAGCCGUGGAAGCAAGAAGGAAUGCACAAGGUCAGGCUUCAGCAAACAAGAAAGCGGAGGACGAAGAGAAGCCGGCGGUUCACUCGACCAUGCGACAACAAGGCAAGAAUCCUGGCAAGAAGCCGGUCAAGCAGGAGACCAAGGCCGAGGCCGCUGCUCGACGUGCCCAAGCGUUGCUGGACGCACAUGGACCAGUACCGGCAAAAGCACCACCUAAACCUGAAAGUUCGAACAGUCAGUCGGAGCCCAUGAGUACUUGGAAGAAGCGACAGAUCCGGAAGAAUACAACCAUCGCCGACGGCCAUCCUGAAAUUGUAGAAGACAUCACUCGGAAGCGCCAAUGCGAUAAACUAAUUCCUCAACUGGAACCGUUGUUUGAAAUCUGCAGAGCCUUUAACGGCCGAGUCAGCUUCGAGGUGGCUUUUGGUCAGGUCUUGAUCUUUCCGGGUCCUCGGCUAUCGGACCAGCAGUACCACAAUGUGAUUGAUUGGGAAGAUCUGUUUGAGCCGAAGCCUACCAGAACUCCUUGCACUACCACGUUCACCAAAAUCUUGACAACCAACGGCGCAGAUGUCGAUCGUGCUCUUGAGCUGAAAGGGCCGUCCACAGGCGCCAAUGUCAAGUUGUGGAAUACUACUCCGGCCCACCAGUCUGUCAGCUACGAGUUCUCGUGUCAGAGUCGAUCCAACGAGGACUUCCUGAUCCUGGUCGAUGAGUCCGGCAAACAUGAGCUACGAAAAGGUCUCGUCACUGUUGGGAUGAUCAAUAUGCACGUUCCUGCUCAGAUCUGGGAUGCCAGCGCCAUUCUUUCGGGUCAUCUAAAAUGGUUCGAGCCUCCAGAAGUGCUCAAGAAGAGCGCCGCCACGUUUGUCAACUCGCUCUACAUCGUGCCCGAACGCGAGAAACUGAUGAUCGUCUUCCGUCAACCCAACGACCAUGAAGUUCAAAUCCGCAACCUAAUUGUCAAGCGGGUCACCUUUCAUGCCUGUAAUUUGGCCGGCUACGAAGACAUACAACUCAAAGUGGUGGAGUCGAAGAGCCUGAUGUUCAAGGUGCACCCUCAAGACAAGAAGCUCUGGCAGGGCUACGAGGGCACGAAGGAAGAAUACGAGCAGCUUUCUCAAGACGGUCGAAUUCAUUACGAGAUGUCCCUCGUCCACACCGGGAUCAACCAAGUCCUCGCUCAGAACGAGGAGCUGGUGAUCGGCGAGCUCACACCUGCCGAAACAACCGGCCAAUCUCUCGUCGACCGCGCGGCCAUCCGUUCGCUGCUUGACAUUGCAGUACAUAUGCUUUCCAAGAUCGACUUCGUCGGCAUGCACAACUUCGGCACGCAACUCCGUCUCGACGUCGAAGAAGAGCGACGCCGCAAACAACUGGAAGCGUCGCUCGGGCCGAAGGGCAAGUCUAUUCUUCAUGCUCCUACCCGCAUCGGUGUUCCUCCAGUCAGUAGGUUGCAUCAUCCCAAUCCGGCCAGCCAUAUGUCUGGAGCUGGAGCUGGAGCCGGCGGUGGUGGGUUUGGCAGCGCCAGCCAGAUCGCCACGACCAUCAAACCCCCUGUUCACGGCGUGCGCUUGAACACUGUUGCAGAGGUCUUCGAGGACGUCGAUGGCUCGAGGUACAUGCUCGGCAUGGGCGGUGCGCGGAUCCCUGUCGCUGAAGAAGCGCUGCCUAGUGCGAGUACCGUCAUGCCCGAUGACAGCGCGAGCCAGGUCGGUGGAAGACAGGCGAAGUUCUAUGCUCCGUGGUCUGCUGAAUCUCCUCGCAUCGAUGGGUUCUGGUAA